AUGACAAAGAGGUAUGCUUUUGAGGAGAAGGAGAUGGCGCGCAUGCUGCUGCUCGUGUCGCGGGAGCAGGCGAUGCCCAUGCCGAUGCCGAUGGCGGUGCGCGGUGACCGCGCCCCGGAGCGGGUGUUCGUGUGCAAGACGUGCGACCGCGUGUUCCCGUCGUUCCAGGCGCUGGGCGGGCACCGGGCCAGCCACAAGAAGCCACGGCUGGACGACGGGGGCAACCUCAAGCCCAAGUUGCACGGAUGCUCCGUCUGCGGGCUGGAGUUCGCCAUCGGACAGGCGCUCGGUGGCCACAUGCGGCGCCACCGUGCCAUGGCCGUAGGCGGAGGUGGCGGCGUCAUGGCUAUGACGCCGCCGACAGCAGCGAUCAAGAAGCACGGCGACAGCAGCGACGACGCCGUUGUCGGCAUGAAGCGUGGGCUAUGGCUCGACUUGAACCAUCCACCUUGCGAUGAGUACGGCACCAGCAGCGAGAGCGACGACGAGUGCGGCCACAACGCAGCUGCCGCCGGGUACACGUUCCACCAGUUCCUGGAUACCGGCACCAUGGCGGUGGACUGCGUCUAG